AUGACGGAGCUCGAUAAGGUCGACGACGGAGCUAGGGAGGGUGACAACAGAGGCCGGGAUGGUGACAAUGGAGGUCGAACUGGCGACGAUGGAGCUCAUGAAGACGCAAAUGCAAUAGCACUGUUGCAAUUGAAAAACAAAUGGGAUCAACUGAAAAAAGAGUGGAAGCUAUGGAAGGAUUUGAAGAAGGGUGCUGCUGGAUUUGGUUGGAAUUCAAAGCAGAAAACUAUUGAUGCCUCUGAUGAAUGGUGGAAAGGAAAAAUCGAGUUCAGGUACAGUGGCAUCGACGCUGAGAUGGAAGAAAAGCUGGAUAAGAUGUUCAUGAGUGAUGAGAAUGCUUGGGCUCCCAAUUCUAAAUCUUUACCUCCUGUCACAACCGACGAAGACCACGAAGAUUUUGAAGACUGUGAAAGCACCAAAUCUUUAUCUGGAGAUGCCAAAAUAGUAAAUGAGCUUCGACAAUCUUACAGUGGUUCAAAGAGUGCCUCCUAA